AUGGAGCCCUCGCAAACGUUUAACCCAACCUUGACAGCAGAAUCUUUUCAGAUGGCCUACGAAGAAAAUUCCCCAAGAGAUUCAGCAGGCUCUCAUCCAGAAACCUUGAUAAGGGACCUUCACAACUUGACCCUCAACCCUCCUCCCAGGUUCCCUUCCCCUCUCCCAGAAGGUCCAGCCCAAGUGUCAGACAGAAGCGAAAGGGUCCUACAGGAGACCAGAGGUGAUACUCCCUAUAGGCAGAGAGGAGUCCGGACCUUGUUAUCCGCAAGGAGAGAACGCCUGGCCAAGAUGAGAGCUCUCCUAAGCAACAGAUACUCCCGGAGUGAACCAUUCAGUGUGCCGUUCCAAUGCACCUGCAGUUACUGCCUGUACCAUAGCUGGGAUCCUUCUGAGAAUGCUAGACUAGGGAGUGAUUAUGACAGAGUAGAAUCAAUUUAG